UAAAGAUGAGAAUAUUUGGUAAAUCACUCAGUAAAUGUACUAAACUAUUUGCCUCAACUGACUGAAAGUGAACCGCAAACGUUGAGUAUUUUGCCAUUCGCGCUCCUGGUUUUGUCCCUUCCGAGAACCCGUCCGAGUCCGACUCCAUGGCGACAGCUGAUCCCGUUCGUUUUCAGUACAAAACGCUCUUUUUGUUCAAUUAACGAUAGAAACCGGACACGUGACUUCACUUCAACUCCACCCGUGUUUAUAUCUCGUGCACACGGCGCGUGCAUGAGAACACAGCCCCUUUAAAAAGGAACAUUGGAAAGAAGUAUUCAGAUCCUCUCCUGUUGUACAAGUACAACAGCAGCCUGACAAUACUACAAGACCACGGGCUCAAAAGAUGUGAGCAUCGGGCUGUGAAGAUGUCUCACCAAGAGACAAUGCAGGUGAUGCCUCUCUGGGAGCUUUCCAUCCCGCUGCCGGCGGUGCUGAUGAUCACGCUGGGUCUCUACAUGGUGGUCCUGGGCCUCGGGCUGUGGAUCCGGUCCUGCCUCAAGGACCGGUGCUCCCCGCAGUGCGCUGGCUGCUGCCCGGCCGUCUCUCUGUGCGAGAACUGCUUCAGAUUUGCAGAAAUGUGCGACUGUCGCCUGCCGACCGUCCGCUCGUGCCGGGCCGUCUCGUGCCCGUCUCCUUCAUGUGCUAAAUGCGACUGUGCCUGCACCUGUCAGCCUCCCGAGUGCGACACCUGCAACUGCCUCUGCUUCGAGAUCAGGAUCAAGUAGACGAGGAUGGAGCCGCUCGGAGGUGAUGGAGGGGAGAGAGGAUGGAGAGAGGUGACGGACGAGAGAGAGGAUGGAGAGAGGUGACGGAGGAGAGACAGGAUGGAGAGAGGUGACGAGGAGAGAGAGGAUGGAGAGAGGUGACGAGGAGAGAGAGGAUGGAGAGAGGUGACGAGGAGAGACAGGAUGGAGAGAGGUGACGAGGAGAGAGAGGAUGGAGAGAGGUGACGAGGAGAGACAGGAUGGAGAGAGGUGACGAGGAGAGAGAGGAUGGAGAGAGGUGACGAGGAGAGACAGGAUGGAGAGAGGUGACGAGGAGAGAGAGGAUGGAGAGAGGUGACGGAGGAGAGACAGGAUGGAGAGAGGUGACGGAGGAGAGACAGGAUGGACUACUCCUCUAUGACCUUUCACCUCUAAUAAGACUUCAGUGUGAAUAAGAGGCAUCUGCAGAGUUUGUGCGUCUCUCAAUCCCGUCUGACUUCCUGUCUGUGGCUCUCAGCUCCAAAUGGUUCCGCCUUUGUCUUAAAUAUGUAAAUACAUAUUUAAUUUAUUCGUGAAAGUCGGUAACCUCCUCAAACAGCUGGUCUCGUGGUGUUUAAUCCACAUUCAGUGCUCUGGCAGCGGUGAAUGUUUCGGCAUCAAUUAAUUGUUAGUUUUUGUCUUUUAUUGACUUAAAUAGAAUAUAGAAUAUCAUUAUAGUUAUAAAUGUUGCGCAACAUGUUGUAAUGGUGUGCUUAGUAUGGUACAUCUGCCUAGAUCAUACAUUCUGAUACAUUUGAUAAGUUUUAUUAAAUUCUGAAACGUU